GAUGUCGGCAGUAUCUGGUCACUGAGAUUUGCUCAUUCUAAAUGCCGCGCUAGGUGAGCAGCCUGAAAGGUAGGGUAGAUCAAACAGGUGGUCGGACCAGUGGUCACUGCAACCGUAGUUAGCCGAGGACAAUACGUAGGGAGCCUGGAGGAGUGAGUUUGCAACGAAUCAAGUUUCGUCAUAGACACCUUUCCCGGACUCGCCGUUGAAUCACAGAAAACGAUUUUGGCGGUAGCAGAUUCACCUCAUCGUACUGAUGAAAGCAUCAGUCUUCUUGCUGUCUCGCCGCCUGCUCUCUGGCUUGACAUACCUAGAGUCAGCGGGCCGAUUGCUGCGUUACGGCCACUCUCACUCGACAUUUCACAAAAAUUCCCCAGAAUAGAAGAUCAACUGUCGCAAUCGCGCAAAAGAAGUCCAGGUUUCCCGGAUGAAACGAUUUAUGAAACGAGUGUUCGUGACCUUUUGAGAAGCGAUUGCUCAUCCCAUUUUUGGACGCGCAGGCCGCGCCUAGAGGCGAUAUUCAAGAUCUUCUUUCGCACCGGCUGCAAAAGCCCUCCUUAAUCAACUAGGGGGCCACGCAUGUAAACAAGUUCGCGCAGAAGAACGCUUUCAUCAGGUCAUCGGCUGACUGAGCCAAGCCCCAUUCCACGUUGGCAUCCCUAACCCACGCUACUACAUUGAAGAGACUGCCCUGUUUCCCUGGCGGCACACGGAGAACAGUGCCAUGAAAUGAUACCUUGCCACUUUAAUAAACUGGAAAGCUUUGGUCUUCUGUCGAAAAAAUCUGCUUGCUGGCUUCUGUCUGGAUUAGUUGAUGGGGAACACGGCGUGCUGCGGUUUCGACAGUGACUCUACUGCUGACCUCGAGAUCGGUCGAGAGGGGGAAGUGAGGAGUCGCAAGCCAAUUCAGGUAUCCAAGGAGGCGUUUGACAACUGGAUGAAUCGUUAUGAGGCUGGAGACACGAUGGAAGUGCUUUUUCCUGAUGGUCACCGAAUUGAGUGUAACUUGAAAAUCGACCGACCGAAAAACUUCAUGAAUCUCACCUUCAAUCAGAAAGUAAGACCCAUCCAGCUCGAUGACAUUGCAGCCGUCCUAUAUGGCUCGGAUCCUCGCAGUUCCGAAUGCGCAGAUAGCAAAAUGCUGCGAAACCCCUGUGUCGUGGGCUUCCGCCUCGCGAGCUCUGGACGAGCCAUCGCGUUUUCUUUUAAAGACAUCACGGACGCGCAGUGUUUUGUGUCUUUCCUGGACGACGAAAUCAAGAAGAAUCAGGAGUCAAACAAGUCUUCAGCAAGCAACGACAGAAACUAAGAUGAGGUGAAUCACACACUCGCUAACACCCAUGAUCGACGUUGGCAUGCGACAUGCUGAGGAACAACCCUCGAGCGAACCGUUUGCACGCUGUUAACAGUUUUUGCAUUGCAGCUGUUUUCUGCGCGGAGUCGUUAUUCCCCAUGCCUCUUGCGAGAAUAGUCGUUCCUACCCCAUUCCGUCUGACUUUCGCCUCACGUGUCAGGAGUAGAUCGCCUUUCUUUAUUUCGCUCUGAUGAAACGUUUUUUACAAAUGGGUUCAUGUCAUAUAGGAUUUUUCCGAUCUUUGCUGUUUCGCGAAGACGACUAACCACUCACUAGGUGGAUGCGUAGGAGGAGUGCCAGUCAGUUUGCCAGGCGUAUAAGGAAUGGUACUUGAGGAGACAGGGGGUGGAGGGCUGUGACGUUCAACAUGCUCGUGUAUUAGUUGUUGGCUUUUCCUCGCGCCUCCAGUGUGCACAACAAAAUUUUGACGUCUAUAUUGCCGUGGAACCCCUACCGCAAAUGUUCAACAAAGUGGAGAACAGGGGGCGGGGAUCGGGUGAUGGAGAGGAGUUCCCUUUUCGUCGUCUGGGCGGGAAGCCAAAAGCACCUUGCAACAGCGAUACUUGCACUAAAGAAAUGGUUGCCAGUGGGAAGUGGCGACGCUCACCCCUUAAGAUGGAAGCAUUGCUCCGCCUCCAAGAGCAACCUUUAGUACGUGUGCGUACUUAAGUGGUUAGGCUGCUGUGUUGUCCCGCCCACCCUGAGUAUGUUGUAUCUCUGGUUCCCGAAAAAUACGCGAAUCUCGGUGAAACAGGAGCUGUGAUGGUGUUUUUAAGACCGUUACAGUAAAACAUUGCUUCUCGACGGGUCGCCGAACGCGUAUUGCACAUCGGUUGCCUCACGGCGAUAAUGUGCUGCGUCGGAGGGGGUGGAAUCA